AUGCCUCCUCAGGUCGAUCUUGUGGUUGUGUUUCGCUCAUCUUUGAAAGGCACACAUCUUUCGAAAGAACAGACGCGACAGCAAAUUGCAAAGGCGGAGAGGCAAUACUCUGCCCUCCUUGAAACUUUAACGAGAGCAGGCUUGAAGGUUGUGGGAAGACGCGGAGAAAGUCAGGGCCAGCUACUGAUCAUGGUGACUUGCCCUCAGAAUGUCUUGGCUACCCUUGUCCAUCGAGAACGUUACUCGGACUUCCUCUACGGUCUUCCACUGUCCAAGCUGCCAUCUUUUGCAGCAGACCUCGAUUCCGGGCCUUUAUCAGCCGCAGAUAGAAUACGCCUAGUCCAUGGAUUUGUAACGUCUACACCACAAGACGGAGGCCUCGGUAUCAUUCCAGAAUGCAAAGACUGGGACCUUGUUCAAUGUGUCAUGGCUCUUCACGAUCACGAAUUCAAUGACCACUGGAUUCGAGUCUGGACGACGCAUCGUAUAGCAUCGGUCCAGUUGGACCAAAUCAGAGACCAGUUUGGCGAUUCCGUCGCCCUCUAUUUCUGUUUCCUCAUGGCGUACACGCGAGCGCUCAUCUUUCCCGCGGGCCUCGGCAUUACCUUCUACUUUUUCGGCACUCCGUACUCUACUUUGUAUUCAUCACUUCUACUCCUCUGGUCCAUAGCGUUUGUGGAAUGGUGGCGACUUCAGGAACGUAUCUUGUCGGUACGAUGGUGCACCCGUGGGUCUUUCCGCGUAGAGAAACGGAGAGCAGAUUAUGCCGUUGGAUUUCCUUGGUGGAAGAGAGAGCUUCGAAUGGUGGCUAGUAUACCGGUCAUCUUACUGUUCGCGAGUGUACUUGCUGCAGUGUUGACCGGCAUAUUCGUCUUCGAGGCUUUCGUGACAGAACUGUAUACAGGACCAGGUCAUAAAUAUAUCUCUUUCAGCCCUAGCAUCCUCUUCAUGGCUCUAGUCCCCCGCCUCCUUGCCAUUUAUGAAUCAUAUGCCAAACGAUUCACUGUCUGGGAAAACCACGCUCACCAAUCAACUCAUGACUCAUCACUUACGUUGAAAGUGUUUUCCUUGUCUGCCAUCAACUCUUACCUUGGUCUCGGCCUCUCUGCUUUUGUCUACGUGCCGUUUGGGGAGAGUGUCAUGCAGUUCGUGCAAACACAUGUAUUUUCUGGCAGUCGACAUGCCUCUGCCAUGCUACAAAGCUUCAACAUCACUCUCAACGAUACAAUCAAGUUCGGUGUAGGAGGAGGAAGAGGCGAAAAAGUUACUGGCGGUAACGUCGGUAUCUGGGAAACAGACCACACAAGUGCAAGGCGAAAAUUGAAUCCCUCUCGGUUGCAAGAACAGAUGUUUGCGUUCACUGUGACGAAUCAGGUGGUUGAUACUUUCACAGAAAUCGGAUUACCCUAUAUCCUCCGUGCAGUGGACUCGAUUCGACAUGGGAAGGGACUGAGGAAUGGGGGUGGGAAAGGCACAGGGAAGAAAAAGCGCGUAGCUUUUGAUGAUGAACCAACUGGACAGGACAAGAAGGGGAAGGAGGAAAGGGAGUUUUUGGAGAGGGUCCGAAGCGAGGUCACUUUACCGGAGUAUGAAGUUUUUGGGGACUACAGCGAGAUGGUCACGCAAUUUGGCUAUGUCGCCCUAUGGUCGACUAUAUGGCCUCUGGCACCUGUUAUGGCACUGUUGAACAAUUUCCUCGAGGCUCGAUCUGAUGCAUUCAAAAUCGCGGUACACACUCGCCGCCCUAUCCCAACUCGCACAGAUACGAUCGGCCCGUGGCUUGAAUCGCUUUCAUUCCUCACUUGGCUAUCUGCUCUGACAAACUCCGCCCUGGUCUACCUUUUCCGCCCUCCCGACAACCAAGGUGACGAAUUGGGCACCACCAUGGAAGGCAGUGUUCCGCUUCUGGAGCACCACCAUCUGCACCACCAUCGACGAAACGGGUUUGCGGCCACGCGCGAGUUGCUGAUAUCCGCGCUGCUGAUCGCUCUGGUUGCUUCACAUGGUUAUAUGCUGGUAAGAAGCGCGGUGCGGCACUUGCUGGAGCGGGCUUUGUGGAACGGCAGUAAUGAGAUGAAGGAGGCAGAAAGGGUAGAGAAGGAGGUGAAGGAGAGAUAUUUGGGCAGUUUGGAACGAGCAGUUUCGACUGAGAGUAGCAAAAUUGAGCCUCCAGCUCCAGAGAAAGAUGAAUGGGCAACGUUCUGGGCUGUUGACGAGGGGCUAGAGGAGAUCCAAAAAGCUGUCAAGGAUGCAUGAGAGCUGUUUUCUAAGGACUUUCGAUCUCUGGUAUAGAUGUUGGUGCUUUAUGAACAAAGGCUAUCAGACUCUCAUCUGUAGUUUCUAGCUAAUUUUUUGUUCUAAUUUUCCACUCACACAGAUCGUAUAUUGUAGCAAUCAUGUACCUUUGACUGUAUUGCUGUAUGUUUUCUGGAUCUACAUCCCACAAUUACAACGACGCACCUUGCCUUGAAUAACGAUACUACUAGGAAGGCUCGAGGUCAUAGUUCGU